CGCUCGCUUGAGUGCGCUCUGUUCCUAAGGUACAUAUGCCAUUAUAAUACAGAACAUACAUAUCUGUACAAAUUACCGUGGCACGGCGGAACGCACGAAUGCCAGCGAUACACCAGGUUCUGCGAAGCCCUGGGAUACUUUCUGAAAUAUGCCAGCAUCUUGCACCAGGAACGCCCAGUCAGACCGAGCCCUGGCCUGAAGUGACAACCAGACGAGCCAACAGGAAGACUUUGGCACGCUUGGCCCGGGUCUGUCGCGCUUUUUGCGCCCCCGCGCUGGACGUGUUAUGGCGCAUUAUGGAGAGAGUUCUACCCGUGAUACGCGUCCUCCCGCCCCUACGGUGUGUUAAGGUUGACAAGAACUACGUUCUCUCUCGGGACAUCACCCAAUGCGAAUGGAAACGAAUGCAGCGCUACGCUCGUCGCGUACGCGAGGUCCACUUCAUCGACGACCACGCGGGCCCACCGGAGAUCGCGCCCUCCGUCUGGACCUUCCUGGCGAGGUGGGUCUCCCCCGGGCAGGGGCUCCUGCCCCGUCUACGGUGUCUCACGGGGCUCAUCGUCGCAGAGGCCGACCCGGGGCACAUCCUACUCUUCUGCCCCUCCCUGAA